AUGGGCAAAGCAGAUGCAGGCGCGAGAGCCGCAGUGGGUGACGAUCUUGCCGCCGUCUUGCCUGAUGGUCCUUGGCACAAGAAAGCUCAUCUUGUCAAACUGAACUUUGUCGUUGUUUCUUUGGUCCUGUUUUCUUCUGCCAAUGGAUACGAUGGCUCCCUCAUGAACGGUCUCCAGGCCUUGAAUCAAUGGAACGACCACUUCGACCGACCUGCUGGAGCAUUCCUCGGUUUCCUUAACGCAAUCUACUGGAUUGGUGCGGGUUGCAUGUAUCCUGUCGCCGCCAUCAUCGCAAACAAGUACGGUCGCAAACUUCCCAUCUGGAUCGGUUAUGCCUUCCUUUGCCUUGGUGCUGGUCUACAAGCUGGUGCCAACAACGAAGGCGCCUUUGCAGCUGCUCGUUUCUUUGUCGGAAACGCAUCCGCUUGCUUCUCGACCUCAGUGCCGCUACUGAUCAGUGAAAUUGCGUACCCGUCGCAUCGUGGUAUCGCCACUGCGCUCUACAAUUGUGGAUGGUAUGUUGGCGGACUCAUCGCUGCCUUCCUCACCUUCGGCACUCGCAACAUGGACAGCUCUUGGGCCUGGAGAGUCCCUUCGCUUCUUCAAAUUCUCGUACCUUUCCUCGCACUUCCCGGCUUCCUCAUGGCUCCCCAAAGCCCCAGAUGGCUGAUCUCGAUGGAUCGCAACGAAGAAGCACAACAGCUGUUGACCAAGUGGCACGGGGGUGACGAUCAGAAUUCGCAACUCGUCAACUACGAGAUGAUCGAGAUUACGACAACUCUCCAGCAAGAGAAGAGCGCAAACUCCAGUGCCAGCUACGCCGAGAUGUUCAAGACUCCUGGCAACCGCAAGCGACUCUUCAUCUCCGUCUCCCUCGGCAUCUUUGCGCAAUGGGUUGGCAAUGGCGUCGUCUCAUACUACCUUGCGCUUGUCUUGGAGACUGUCGGCAUCACCAGCGUCACCGACAUUACUCUCAUCUCCGGUUUCCUCCAGCUUUGGAACUUGAUCUUCUGUGUUGGCGCCGCCUUUUCAGUCGACAGACUCGGUCGCAGAGCUCUGUUCCUUGCUUCUGCUGUCGUUAUGGGCGUUUCAUACGUCCUCGUCACUGGAUUGUCUGGUUCCUUUGCUGCCAACCAGACUCCUGCUGUCGGCAUCGCAGUCAUUCCCUUCUUGUUCAUCUUCUUUGCUGGGUACGACAUUGCGCUUACUCCCCUGCUCUACUCAUACCCGUGUGAGAUCUGGCCCUACCGUCUCCGUUCUCGUGGUCUCACCGUCACCAACAUCACCACCGUCCUCGCCAUCUGCUUCAACACUUUUGUCAACCCCAUCGCCCUGGAAAAGAUCGCUUGGAGGUACUACAUUGUCUUCGUCGUUGUCCUCAUCAUCUAUGGCAUCACUGUCUAUGUCUGGUAUCCUGAAACCAAGGGAUACUCGCUCGAGCAGAUGGCUGUCGUCUUUGACGGUGAUGCAGCUGAGGUGCCAUUUUUGUCUAAAAAAAUUCCUAGCAUGCAUUUUGAACAAAUUCGCUAG